AUGGCAUGCGUAACGGGGAGCAGUGAAUGGAUGUGCCCCCCUCUUCUACGGAAAGCCGCGGUUGUUACCAGAGCGUAGUGGACGUGGUGGCCUGAGCACUCAAACAAAAACUUGCGUGAUUUUUUUUCUUCUUCUUCUUGUGGGCGCGGAGGAGGUGGAGGAGGGAAACGUUGUAGCAGCCGACAGAAUGUGGUCGCUGUCCGUGGUCCUGAAUCCGCUGCUGUUUCUGCUGCUGUUCGGAUACUGCCCUACGGUGACCAUCAGGCCAAAGGAAGGGUGGCAGGUGUACAGCUCGGCUCAGGAUGCAGAUGGGCGUUGCAUCUGCACAGUGGUGGCUCCUGAACAGAAUCUCUGCUCCAGAGAUGCCAAAGGCAGGCAGCUCCGCCAACUCCUGGAGAAGGUGCAGAACAUGUCACAGUCAAUCGAGGUGCUGAACCUGCGGACGCAGAGGGACUUUCAGUAUAUCAUGAGAAUGGAGAGCCAGAUCAAAGGACUGCGGUCAAAGUUCCGGCAGAUCGAAGCGGAUAGGAAGACGCUCGUCAACAAAAACUUUCAGGAGCUAAAGGGAAAGAUGGAAUCCUUGCAGCCGCUGAUUCCAGUCCUGGAGCAGUACAAGACAGAUGCCAAGCUCAUCUCACAGUUCAAAGAGGAGAUCAGAAACCUGUCUGGUGUGUUGAUGGGCAUUCAGGAGGAGAUGGGGGCCUAUGACUAUGAGGAGUUGCAACAAAGGGUCCUAAACCUGGAAAAUAGGCUUCGGAACUGUAUGAGUAAACUCACAUGUGGCAAGCUUAUGAAGAUCAAUGGACCACUGACAGUGAAAACUUCGGGUACCAGAUUCGGAGCCUGGAUGACUGACCCACAGGCGUCUCCCAAAAACAACAGGGUGUGGUACAUGGACAGCUACACCAACAACAAGAUAGUAAAAGAGUUUAAGUCCAUCACUGAUUUUGUCGCAGGAGUUGAAUCCAGAACCUACAAUCUGCCUUUCAAAUGGGCUGGAACAAACCACGUAGUAUACAACGGCUCCUUGUACUACAACAAGAUGCAGAGUAACAUCAUCGUGAGGUACAGCUUUGAGACAGGUCGCGUGGUCACGCAGAGGGCUUUGGAGUCGGCAGGUUUCCACAAUGUGUACCCGUACACCUGGGGAGGAUUCUCAGACAUCGACCUGAUGGCAGACGAGCUGGGACUGUGGGCCGUGUAUGCAACCAACCAAAAUGCUGGCAACAUUGUCAUCAGCCAGCUGAAUCCAGACACACUCCAGAUCAUCAACACGUGGAACACAGAAUAUUCAAAGAGGAACGCCGGAGAGUCUUUUAUGAUCUGUGGGACUCUAUACAUCACUAAUUCCCACCUGACCGGAGCCAAGGUGUACUACGCCUACUCCACUAAAACCUCCACUUAUGAGUAUACAGACAUACCCUUUCAUAACCAGUAUUUCCACAUGUCUAUGUUGGACUACAAUGCCAGGGACCGUGCUCUCUACGGCUGGAACAAUGGCCAUCAGGUCCUGUUUAACGUUACGCUUUUCCACAUCAUUAAAACUGAGGACGACUCUUAGAGGCUGGGAGUGUACUGUACGCAUAAAAGAUUAAAAUAUGGAAAUUUAAAGGUUGUGCCUGAAUGUCAAAAUAAAUGUUAUUUAUUUAUUAAUUUAUUAAAUUCUCCUAAUGAGCUUUGCCUUUUUUCUUGCAUUUAUUUACUGACAUGAAGCUGUUUACCUGUUUUUUCAGAGUUAAUUGAGUAAGAUAUUAUCUAAUUGAAAAUGUCACACUGCCUAUAAAAUAAAUGACAGCAAAAAAUGAACAAAUUCAGUGCAUUAUGAAGCAUCCUGAAAACAUUGUGGAUUUAAUAAUGGCACUUGAAACUCUGAAACACUUAACAAUGAACUUAAAGUAAUUUCUCGUGCCCUUUUCACUCUGAAAUGAAAGCUUUUCCAAAAUGAAGUCUUCAUAUUUAUAAUGGUUUUCUCCGUUCAGUAUUACAUUUAUUCAGGCCCUCUAAUUUAUUCAUUUUUGACUGUGUUCGUUAAUUGUUCGUUUUGUUUCCAUUCUUUCUUUGCCAUUUAUUCAUCAUGAUCUGCUAAUUUAUUCCUGCUUUUCACUGCCUGCAUUUUGCUUUCAGUUGGUCUUUGUACUUUUACUUUCAAACUUUUGCACUUGACCUCGUUCAAGACAAUAAGAAAUGUGGUGAAC